GCGCAAAGCAAAGCCAUACACGUCCCCGGUUCCUGUUCCGGUCGGUGUUUCACUUCCGGGUCACAGGUCAUUUGAGAGAACUUAAAAUCUUGAAACAAAGUCGACGUAGCGAAUAACGAACUGGAGGACAAACAAUCAUGAGAGAGAGAGAGAGAGAGCGUCCCACCGGGAGGCAAAGACACUCCACACCUUCAUGGAGGAACUUGUACCCCUAAAAAGCUGAUGUUUGCGUGACAGCAUGUGUGGGAGCCGUGGAAGAGACGCACUUGGGCGUUACGAUGAGGACUUCUCCUUUGUCAGCCCUGUGGUCAAAUAUCUGCUCUUCAUAUUUAAUUUCAUCUUCUGGCUCAUCGCCAUGUCCAUGAUAGGAAUUGGGGUGUACGCCCGCGUCGUCAAGCAUGCAGAGACGGCGUUGGCGUGUCUCACCGUGGAUCCGGCCAUGAUGCUGCUGGUGGUCGGCGUCCUCAUGUUUAUCAUCACUUUCUGCGGCUGCGUGGGUUCGCUGCGCGAGAACAUUUGCCUGCUGCAGUUUUUCUGCAUCAGUCUGACGAUCAUCUUCUUGCUUCAGUUGGCUGCUGGUGUGCUGGGUUUCAUCUUCUCUGAUAAGGCCCGAAACAAAGUGACUCAAAUGGUCAACAACGCCAUCGUGCACUACAGAGACGACAUCGACCUGCAGAACCUCAUCGAUUUUGGCCAGAAAGAAUUUGGUUGCUGUGGAGCUGUGACCUACACUGACUGGUCCAACAACAUGUACUUCAACUGCACUGACAACAAUCCCAGUCGGGAACGCUGCUCUGUCCCUUUCUCCUGUUGCAUCAGUACCAAAGACAAGGUCCCAUCUAUUUUUCCCCCAUUUUCUACAGCAUGUUUUACAACUGUUUGUGUGUGUGUGUGUGCUUGUGUGUGCGCACGCGUGCAGGUGAUUAACACCAUGUGCGGUCAAGGAGUGCAGGAAGUGGAAUACAUCGAAGCCGGCAACGUCAUCCACACCAACGGAUGCAUCGACAAAGUGGUGGACUGGAUCCACAGUAACCUUUUCCUGCUGGGAGGUAUCGCACUGGGGUUGGCCAUCCCUCAGCUGGUGGGCAUCCUGCUGUCCCAGAUUCUCAUCAACCAGAUUAAAGAUCAGAUUGAGCUGCAGAACUACAACCUCAGGCACCGCGCCGACCCCUGGAGAUGACCAAUCCGAGCGGCCCCUCAUGCACAUGCGACACCAGCAAGAUUUUUUUAAUUUUUUUACCUCUUCUCUGGACCACAACUAGUUGAUUUAAUGCAAUGGCGUCAAGGUAUUUCCCCCCCCCCCCCCCCCCCCCCCCCCCCAACAAGGAAGUAGAUGCAAAUACAGGUUGUCCCAAAAGUCACAAUACACUUCGUAAGGUCAUCGGGAUUUGACAGUUUAAGCUUUGCACUUUUUAUUUUCAGCACCACUUUGAGAAGCUAUGUUAUAAAGAUUCACAAACUGCCACUGAACAGAGUUGCAUUUAAGGACAAAAAAAAACAACUUCUUGCCAGGGGACUAUUUCGCAACGCUGCUCCAAUGCCAAAUAUCGCGAGCCAAAUAAAUGAUGUUCUGGCCGUGUAUAGAGUGCCUUUUGGGGCAUUACAGCUACAUAAAAACUGCAGUACUCGAAAACUACCAUGUGCCUUUUUCAAUGUCAAGUGUGUUUUCUACAGACAAUCUAGUACAACAAACUAAUACAAAUCAUUAGUUUCCUUGCAGCAUCACGUUGUCUACUACGCUGCUAUAUAAAAUGACUAAUACUGUAUGAAAACAUUGUUUCACUACAGUGCCAUCUUGUGGGUCUUGUUUGCCCACUGGUCCACUUGCCCCUUAUCUAAACUCGCCACUGCUGUUAGUGAAAGUAUGAAAAAUGUAUUUUGUCAUACUUUCAACUGGCUCAAGAAAAAAACUCAUGCAUCCUAGUUUUUGUGCAUAUGUGUUGCAUGUCUUUGGAAAUGUAUUUUAGGUGGGUACAGUAUUAGCAGCUGUGGACUAACAAGCAUAUGUGCACGUGUGUUUUGUUGGCAUCUGUGAUGCUGCAUAUGUGCAAAAAGGGACUGAGUUAUUUUUGCAGACUUUUUUUGUUUGAUAGAAAUUCGUUUUGCAAUGCCGAUGUUACCAAGAUUUUAGCUGCAGCUGAUGCUUUUUAUUUCAUGUUACAUGAGUGUUUUUAGAUUUUUAAUAUUGGAUGCUGUAUUUUAAACAUACCUCUGUUACAAUUCCCAAAAAGUUUUCGUAUUAAGUAUAUUUAAGUCUUCUACUGUGCCACGUAGAGCAAAAAAUGCCUUCUCGUGAAAGAGAGACACAAAGACCUGUACAUUUCUUGACUGAAUAAACUUGGUUCACUGUA